UGAAGAAGAUGAAACCAACUAGUCUUUGGUCUCUCUCUCUGAGUGGUUAUUGCUUUACUUUGCAAUGGAGCAAUUGAAGAAGCUGAAGACUUCCUCUGAUGAUGAAUCCUCAACUGCUUCUUCUUCUUGGGGACAUAACAUCAGUUUCAGGCCUGAGAAAAUGGUGGACGGGAAGGAGGAACCAGUUUCUUCACGGAAAAUUCAAAAGGCAGAAAGAGAGAAGAUACGUAGAGAUAAGCUCAAGAAACAUGUUUUUGAGCUCGGUGAUGCACUUGAUCCUAACAGGCCUAAGAGUGACAAAGCUUCGAUUCUCAUUGACACAGUACAGAUCCUGAAAGAUCUAAUGACUCAAGUCGAUAGACUAAAGGCUGAGUAUGUCACACUCUCUCAAGAGUCUCGUGAGCUAAAUCAAGACAAGAGCGAGCUGAGAGAAGAAAAUUCAUCUCUUAAAUCCGAUAUCGAGAUUCUUAGUGCUCAAUGUCAGCAUAGAGUCAUGGUCCCAUGGAUUCCACACUACGCUUAUCCUCUCCCUGUAGUAGCAAUAACUCAGGGUCAAGUCUCCACUCUGCCUUCUCUACUCAAUGGCACUCAAACUCCUUCACCUUUACCUAACCCCUCCACCACCUUUAUGCCAUAUUUAGCAGCCUCACUUGGUCCUAAAAUGGAACGAAAAGAUGAUGUUGGUUUGGAGCUUGAGCUUAAAAUCCAUGCCUCUUCUUCAGCUCAUGAUGCUUCCGGAAAAGAGGAGAAAGGAAACUCUACAGUCACUGCAAGCUCAUCGAAUAGUUACUACUCAUCAUCUCAUGCUGUACAAGAUUGUUCCCCAUAGAAUUUAUCAACAGCUAUCGGAAAAUGAUCUGGGAGUCAUUAGUAUGAUUAUCUUCUUCAGAUUGCCUUUCAUCUCGAUUAAAGAUGUAAAAAUAUAAUCUGCAAUUUUACCAAUUAAGCUUUCCGAACUUCCAUCA